AUGGUGAUGAUAUUACUGCUGUUGUUGCUGGUGAUGAUAAUCCAGAUGGCCGCGCCGAAUGGUCCUGCUGCUUCUCCGAUGGUGUACCCUGUCUACCUUACCGGAGCAUUCCCCCAGCAACCCGGGGAUGAUCAGGCUCAAGGUCCGGGGAUAUAUGCCAUACAACAGAACCAAUUAGGGGCGGCGAUGGGAAUGGGGUGCUUUGCUCAAACCACACUCAUUCCCCUCACGUACAAGAUCCCAACGGAAAGCGUCGGUGGUCCUGCUGGUGAAGAGAAUGUACAGGAUGCUAGGCAGCAAAAUGGACAUCAAAGACAAGUUGUUGUGAGGAGGUUUCACUUUGCUUUUCAGCUUGACUUGGCCCUGAUCAUCAAACUAGCCGCAGUGGUGUUUCUCUUUAGCCAGGAAGGCUCGAAACAAAGGCUGUUUCUUCUCAUACUGUUUGCCUCAUUGAUUUACUUAUAUCAAACCGGAGCUAUUACACCUUUUGUAAGAUGGCUUCAGCGGGCGGGAGGUGCAGCUGCUCGUCCACCACAGGCCCCUGCUCGGGUUGAGAACCGUGCUCCUCCACCUGCCCAGAAUGAUGGCAAUGAGCAGCCCAAUGGGCCUGCAAACCCUGACCAAGCUGCUGAGAACCAUGAACAAGAUGCUGCAGCUGGUAACGAGAAUCCGCAAGAGGCAGAGGUAGAAGGAAAUCAGCGCAAUUGGCUUGGAGGUGUCUUGAAAGAGGUCCAGCUGGUUGUUGUGGGGUUUGUUGCAUCGCUUCUUCCUGGUUUUCAGCACAAUGACUAG